CGUCCCGUCGCACUAAUAAUUCGUGAGUACAUUGCGGUGAUGUUGAGCAUUCCACCUGCCAACAGCAACCGGGUACAUUCCCCCACCUGGUGGUACCAGCAGGAAAAGUGGCCGCACGCCUUGCAAUCCCAGCAUUUCUGUGUUGGUUGUGGCCGUGAACGGGGCUCAAGUCCAAGGACACGCGGGAGCGAGAGAGACCGCUUCUUCGAGUGCCUGAGGAGAGAGACUUCCCUGCGUGCGAGGCCCGCCGCGUUCUACCGCAGAUUUUACCCUGGUUUUCUACCGGCGCGGCUCGCCACCGCAACCGUCCAGGAUCUAACAGCAUCAGCGAGGGUCGAACGUUACAGUACAACAGCGGUAAGUGAUGCAUAAGUAUUUUAAUACCAAAUAAUGUCUAACUUUUCGCACAAGGAAGGCGAGACUUUCCGCGGCGCGUAAUGGCGCGACGGCGGGUUAAUGAGAAUCGCUCUAUGUGCAGAUAAGGUAACAUUACUUGAGUUCAACCGAGAAAGUUUACGACUGUUCUUUGUAAUCCCAGGGUUUUACCCGAUCCCAGAUAUUUGGAAAUUUAUCGGUACGCCUAAUGAUCAUCUCUCAUCGCAAUAAAGACGAGCUCGCGAUCGCAAGAUUCUCGAGCGGAUAACACUCGGGAGAUUUUACCUUUCCAAUUAGCAUUUCCAUCGCGUUAUUGAGAAAGUCAAUGAAAAGGUAUAUGCCCGUUAGCGUGUGUGAAAACGUACAAACGGUUUAAGUUUGUGAAUGAUCAAAAGGAAUUUUAGUCACUCGAACCGACAGUACUUGCUGAAAUCGCCGUAAAAGAAGAGAAAACCGUAGAACUCCUAUAUUCUUCUUGCGAUAAAAUGCUCCAACACCUUGCUGCACAAUUCCUUUCCGUCGACUGAAUCUGUCACUAGCUAUUUUCUCGUCCGAUGGCUUGCUAUUUCUCCUGUGCAUUGACUGUCGCUAGGACGCCGCAUAUUCCACGUUAAAUUAAUUCCAUUACGUGUCUCUAAUCGUAAUUUCGAAGAAAGAUUUGACUAAUAAUAAUAAGCCAAACUCGGGUUUAACGGUCUCGCAGGAA